AAGACUUUUGUGGGUAUUUUGUUCGAAAGUUUUGGACGCGUGGGAUGAUAUGGCAUAUGGUUGGGAUGAGUCUGCUUGGAGUUUGGUUGCACUGCACGUUGAAGGCUUGAGAAAAAGGUACCGGAAGGCUCAAAAGGGCUUGGCGUGCAAAGUCGGAUUUUCUUCAAACUCGCCUCUCUUCUCAACAACACACUACGACUCGACAUUCCACACCGCAAAAUCUCCGAGCAAGUUUUUCUCUUCUCCCAUGUGAAGACGCAAACUCAUUGCGACCACCACAGUCGUCUGCUGUACGCUGAUACUGAGCCGUGAUCCUCGUCCGGCCAGUCCGUCAUGCUUAAUGAUAUCGUUCUAUUUGUAGUUUCGACUCGACACACCCUUGGUGGCACCUGGGCGGAUGUUCACGGGUCAAAGCUGUGGAGCCUCGCUGAUGCGACGGCGUUACGAGGCCAGCAUCGUGAGAUUGCUUUGUCCAACAUGUUUGGCUGCUGCCCAACUCUGUCUUUUAAUUACCCGUUCGGUAGUUUAGGCUGUUAUCACUGUGCUGAGCUGGAGAUUGGUCGUGAUUAUUGACAAGCAAGCUCGUGCUUUUGCUGGAGAGUCAUGAACUAGGAUUGAGC